GCUGCCGGGGCGGGCGUCCCCGGCCAGCCCCGAGAGGCGCGCAUGCGCGCCGACCCCGGCGGGCCCUAGCAACCGGAGCAGUGACUGUAGCAACCGCGGGAAUGGCAAAAGCAACAACAAUUAAAGAAGCCCUUGCCAAAUGGGAAGAAAAAACUGGUCAGAGGCCAUCUGAUGCCAAAGAGAUAAAGCUUUAUGCCCAGAUUCCCCCGAUAGAGAAGAUGGACGCUUCCUUAUCCACACUUGCUAAUUGCGAGAAGCUUUCAAUGUCUACAAACUGCAUUGAAAAGAUCGCCAACCUGAAUGGCUUAAAAAACUUGAGGAUAUUAUCUUUAGGAAGAAACAACAUAAAGAAUUUAAAUGGACUGGAAGCUGUAGGAGACACAUUAGAAGAACUGUGGAUCUCCUACAAUUUUAUUGAGAAGUUGAAAGGGAUCCAUGUAAUGAAGAAAUUGAGGAUUCUCUACAUGUCUAAUAACCUGGUGAAAGAUUGGGCUGAAUUUGUGAAGCUGGCAGAACUGCCAUGCCUGGAAGACCUGGUGUUUGUAGGCAAUCCCUUGGAAGAAAAGCAUUCUGUUGAGGGCAACUGGAUUGAAGAGGCCACCAAGAGAGUUCCGAAACUAAAAAAGCUGGAUGGUACUCCAGUAAUUAAAGAGGAGGAAGAAGAAGACAGUUAAACCUGUAUUUUCCACUUUGUGCUAAUUUAUUUAAAUGUCAUGAGAACAAUAGUUAUGUUUUGUAUAAUUGUGUAUUUUAAAGACUCUGUGAAGGCAAGAAGGUUCUUAAGAUAAAACAUAUCUGUCAAUUCCAUCUUUUUAAAACCUAUCCGGUUUCUCCCCCAAACCAGUAACUUUAGUCCAGUUGCACUUUGGGAAAGUGUAAUUUUCCAUUUUUGUGUGAGUCUUCAUUAUGUGCCACAUGGCCCCAUUACUGCAUGUACAGACCAGUCAUUUUCACAGCAUAGGGACAAAUGGUCCCUUUUUAGUUCGUUUAGUGCCAGGCAUUAAAAAGAUGUACUUCCAGAUCUGCAGGGCCGUGCAGAUGCGUCACACUGUGGGCCAUCAGGCAGUGUGGUGACAAGAGUCUUCUUAGAGCACAGCAGCAGCGCUGUAGCCGAACGGCUGAGUCUCCUCACUCACGCAGGUGGAACGAGGAGGAAUGAGGCGCUUGGAGGCCUCCUCGCUCGUUGGCUUGCUCUUUCCAAAACUGUGUGUGCUGUGAACUGGAAUGUAGGCCAUGCUCACGUGAAUGGCCAUUUGUCCUACGUGUAGUCACUUUGUUCCAGUCAGUGACGACGACUGGCAUGAUCACUCCUUUGACAGUCAUGUGGCCUUGUUACCCAAGUGGACCUGGCCGAAAGCAGUUUUUGGCUUAUAGUUCCUUAUAUGUUUAAAGCAGUAGUUAGCAGUUCUGGCCUAAAUAUCAACACAUGAGAUAAGUCAAAAUGUGUGCUUAUGAUUAGGCCUGUUGAUCUUCAGGAUCACAGUUACGAGGGGACCGAUUUCAAGACUGAAUUUGGUUUGAAAUAAAUGUAACUUAGUAUUUCAAAAUAUAUUUUUGAGAGGAUCUAAGUUAAACAGUUCUUAAAAUGUAUCACGUAAGUGGCGUACGGGGAGGAGAGAAGUGUUUCAGGGUAGGACCCCAGGUAAAUGGCAGUACAUAGGGGAUUGUCUCCUAUAUGAGUACUGUGGUGGGUUAAUUUCAAAAUUAUGAAGCAAUAGUUAGAUGCAGAGAUUAGAAUUUAUCAUAUAUGAAAAUAUUUUCUGAAAAUGCAAGACAUCGUCAGUACCAGAUGAAGUCCCUAGUGGGCUGUGACUGAAUCACUGAUGGAUUUUGCAGAAGUCAGUAGCCCUUGCCAAAUUGUGCCUCACGUCUCUCAGCCAGAGACUUCUGAUUCUCAUUUCCCCAUCUACAUGUAAAUUACUUGUAUAAAAUCACAGUGAAGGAGAGGAGAAUCAUGUAACUAGUCUUCGAUUUGAGAUUUAAGUAGGAAUUAAGGUUUCUCUAAAAGUCACUCCGAUCAAAAGGGACCACUGCUUUGACAAUCAAAUCUAAAUUCCAACAAGAACAUGUAGUCUGCCACCUUGUAAACAUCAUUUUGAGCUCUUGUUUUUCAGGCACAUCCAUCCACAUCCCUAAUCUCUGCAGUGAGCCUUCAUUCUUGGAGAUGUGUAAGAGGCAUAUGCUGAGAAGGAACAUUUUUUUACUGAUGGUUUGCACCAUGUCCACAGGCAAACUUAAAGCCUUAUUACUAUGUAUAGCUAUACUUCCUAAAAAUUACUCUGGAAGUGAAUAUAAUAAAAAAUUGAUGGCUUUAUAUUGAAUUUAUUUGUGAAAUGACAUAGUGUUUGGUUUUUAUGAAUUCUGUAAUUUGGAAUUUUGUGUCCAUUGCACACAAAAAUCAUUCUCAGUUCCAUUCCACAAAUAUUUGAAUGUCUUUUAUACAUCCUUUUUCCUGGACUUAAGGCCAGAAUCCGUAUGCAAUUAGAAAAUGUAGUCUGGGUAUAUGAGCAUAUGGAUAUUCUAUCUGAUUGUUCCUUGAGCCAUCUUUUACUGCUAAAAAUUUAGUUAAUGAGGCACCUUUUGUUUCUGUUUGUAAGAGGAGAGAUCUGGCCUAUGUUAGUGAGUCACUUAAACAACUCCUGUUCUUGUACAUGAUGGUUAAGCUCUAGAAGCAGUCCACUAUUGUUUCAUAGUAAAUUUUGUUGCGAUUUAAUCAGAA